GCCAAUUGAUUCAGAAGCAGCUGCUGUGGCACAAUGGGAAAACACACGGCAGGGAAAUCCUUUCCGCUUGAUUAAGUUCCAAGAUCCUGCAAUGGCAAAGUGACAUGGAAGCAGUGGAGAACAUUCAGAAAAGUGAAUGAACGACUCAAAACCUUUCCAACUGAAAAACCAGCUAAAAUCAACAACAACAAAAACCAAGGAGGCAGCCAUGGUGGUCACGGCUCUUCGUUGGCUGGUCCUCGUGUCCGUCAUAAUCAUCACCAUUGGCGGCAAUGUGCUGGUGUGCUUGGCAGUGGGGCUGUGCAGACGACUUUGGAGAUUAUCGAACUGCUUUGUGGUGUCGCUGGCGGUGGCAGAUCUCCUUCUCGGGCUGCUUGUGCUGCCCCUUUCAGCUGUAGUGGAGCUCCGCAACGGCAACUGGCCCUUUGGAGGAGCUUUGUGUAACAUCUACAUAGCCCUCGAUGUCAUGUUUUGUACCUCCUCUAUCCUGACUCUCCUGGCAAUCAGUGUGAACAGAUACCUUGCUAUCGCAUCUCCUCUCAACCACUCGCGGAUUGUUACCCCUCGAAGAGUGGCUUUGGCUAUCAUUUCCAUUUGGGCUUUAUCCCUUGCAGUGUCCUUUUUGCCCAUCCACAUGGGCUGGAAUACAGCAGACUACAGGGUGCAGAACUUGGACUGGCUCAUGGGAGAUGAAGACCAGGAGGGGCACUACUGCCAGUUUGAAUGGAACAAUAACUAUAUUCUUAUCUACGUCUUUGCCUCGUUUUACCUGCCACUGGUGCUCAUGUGUGGAAUGUAUUUGUGCAUUUUCAAGGUGGCGCGAGAACAGGUGAGACGUAUCCGUGCCACCACGCCAUCAUUUGCACGGUUAGCGAAAGCAACCAUCGUCCGAGAGCACAAAGCCACAGUGACCCUGGCUGCUGUCCUGGGGGCAUUUGUGAUCUGCUGGUUUCCGUACUUUACCUUUUUCACCUGCGUGGGCUUGAUGGAAAAGACGAACCCUCCCAACAUAAUUCAUUCCGUUGUCCUGUGGUUGGGCUAUUUUAAUUCAACCCUUAAUCCGAUUUUGUAUCCGGCGUUCAACAGGGAUUUCCGUCGGGCCUAUGCUCAGCUGCUGUUCUGCAGAGGUCCAUGGCACAGAAAACAGAGCUUCAGUAACAUUUCUGCGCACAAACUACUGUCCUUCAUUAAUGAAAUACGAGGACCCCGAACCCCUGACACACCAACAGACUCUGCUAACAUUGAACCCAAGGAGAAAACCCUCCCUGUAUGUCAGGGGACAUAAAGGCAAGAGGAACUGACAACCUAUAUAAUGCAGCUAUAUAACAUAUGUUUGUACAGGACUUGUACAAUUCAGAAAGAAAGGCAAAAAAACAUGGUUUUAACAUAGAGAUUUUUCAUAAAAAUAAAACAUCAUAUCUAAAAAUCCAAAAUGCAAUCCUGUUAGUAAAAGAAAAUGUGUUUUUUGUUUCUCAUUGCCUUCUAUUUUUUACCUAGUCCAGGUAGCUGAACAAAUAUAUCAUAAAUAAUGAAAAAGGUAGUUAAAAGUUUGCAAACUGUUUAUCUUCUCUCCCUUCAAGCCUGGAAAUGACAGUAAAUGAGUUACCAGGAAAGUGAUUUUCUAUGCAAAAUGUCUGUAUGUUUGACUUGACCUGUGCAGAAUGACCUGGAGAACUUCAGAACAUUGAAGCACUCUAACUGAGGAAAACAUCUUUUUAUUUUCUUCAAAAAAAAGGAAAUAUAUAAGAUGUAAGAUAGUGUAAAUAGCCGUUAAAUUACCAUUGUAAUAACCCUACAUGCUACGAACCAAGACUUAUGGAUCUCAAUUAUAAACUGCCAUUUAAUGGAAGCCUAUCUAGCUUUUCUAAAAAGAUUUUGAAAAGAACAUUGACAUUAAAAUGAUUUGUAAUUCUUUGUUUGCCUAUUAGCCUCCAAAAUAAAGAUCUAAGCAUUCAGUGAUUAAUUUCCUUGGGAUAUGCUUAAUUUGAUCAUCACGAUCAUUUGAAGUCCGUGAACUAUUCCUUCUGACGAAACACAUGGAUAACAUGUUUGUAGAAGUAUUUAUUUUCUUUCUUCAGUUUUAAAAGUCUCUCUGCCUCAAUGGAGAUGACUGGAGAUCACUGCCAUUUCCUGAGUUUAGCUGCAUAAUCCUCCAUUUAGAAAAAUUAUGCUAAACAAUAUUAAAGAAUAGCUGUAACCUGAAUAGCCUAAACCUUAACUGCACUUGAUUUGCUGCCACUAGCGCCCUCUGCCAUGAGGCACAAAUACUGCGUGCCUCACCUGGUGUAUUUUUAAUGCGUAAUUUUAGUGGAUAAAAAAGACUGGGUCACAAAUAGGCACUAUAAUCAGACAGUUGGUGGGAAAUGGAAACAUGAAUUGAUUAAAGAUAAAGUGUGUAUUUUAUGAUGACAGAAAGACUGAAACAGUAAAGCGUAUGCAUCAGCUGCUGCUCAGUCAGUGUGUGUGGCGCAGUCUGGGUGCAGGGAAGGCCCGUUUCUAUUUUAUCAA